AUGUCGAUUCAAGACUGUAUCGAAAAAAAGAAACAGUGGGAUGACAAAUCCGUGAGGUCUUUUGAAGUUGAUAAUUCCAUAAGUGAAAUGAUUGCGCUGGAUGACUUGCCAUUUAGCUUCGUGGAAUCUCUUGGAUUCGAAAGACUUAUGAGGCACCUGUGUCCAUCCUAUAAUUUAAGGUCUCGUCAGUAUUAUACUACGUUUAUCUGCGAUAAAUUAUAUGGCAAAGUCAGCCAGAAAAUACUCGAGUUGCUGAAGUCCUUUGAAAAAAUGUCAUUUACAAGCGACAUCUGGUCUGAUUCUUGCUCUGGGGUUUCGUUACUGAGUUUAACCUGUCAUGGAAUUACAGAAGAAUUAGAAAGGAAAAUGAUAGUUUUAAAAGCAGAAGUGUUUAAUGACGGCCGCCAUACAGGAGAAAAUAUUAUGCAAAAACUUGAAGGUAUUUUAUCGACGUGGGAAAUACCUAAAGAAAAAGUAAAAUGUGUAGUUCGGGAUGCAGGAGCAAACAUGAAAAAAGGUGUUUCCUUAUUAAAUGUUGAACACAUUGAUUGCGCUUCACACAAGAUUCAAAACGUGUUGAAAGAAGGGAUGAAAGCUCAAGAAACUGUCAUGGCUGCUAUAACGAAAUGUAAAAAGAUCGCAACACAUUUUCAUCAUUCGAAUUCUGCUCAAGACGAGCUUAGUAAAUUACAGAAAAGAUUUAAUCAAACACCUCUCAAGAUUAUACAAGAGUGA